AUGGGUUCUGUGUCCCUUGCUGCCAACAACCUGCUGUGUCACCUCUGCCUCCUCAGCCGUAUUCUGGUGCAAGGCAGGCCAAUCACACCAGCAAUUGGUAUUAUACAGCAGCCUUCUGAAGAAUUUGUUGAAGAACAACUUAAAGUAGACAAUCAUCUCAUAGCAAAACAGCAGAAGGAGCAGCAGUCACUUAAGGAUUUAGAAACAGACUGCAUCAAGGAGGCAGAGUGGAGUGCAGGCCCUGCAUUCACGCAGGGCCAGAAGUGGAUUCAGAUAUUAAAACAGCAGAUUGUGAGACUGCAGGAGAAGUUCAAGAGAAAUGAGUCCUGCUGGCAUGCUGCCUACAGCAAGCUGAGAGACCAGGUUGAGAUGCUGAUCAGGCAGAACAUGGAGCUUCGAGAUGAGCUCAGAGUUUCAGAACAUCAGAGAUGGAAAGCAGAAAAAAACCCAGAAGCUGUGAAUUUCAUAGACAGAAAAUCGGAGCCUCCGGUUGCAGAAGCUAUUCUGCGAGAGACAGCAUCUUCAUCCAAACAAGAAGAAAGAUCACGGAGAGAUAAUCACAAGAGUGACAGCAUCUCUCAUGUGCGGCCAAAGACAUCUUUGCAGAAACACUUCUUUAGAGAUGUGAAUAGCAAACCUCCAAAAUCAAUAUUAUCUAGAAGACCAGUAUUACAUCAAGAAAGACGAAAAAGUGAGGAAGAGGUGCAAGAAAAAAUAGAGUAUCGUGAUGGAAAGGUAGAAGAGGUGCUUACUGAUGGACGUCGAAUCAUCACUUUCCACAAUGGUACUAAAAAAGAGAUCAGUGCUGAUAAAAGGAUGACUACAAUUAGCUUUUUCAAUGGAGAUGUAAAGAAGAUCAUGCCAGAUCAGAGAGUGAUUUAUUAUUAUGCAGAUGCACAGACAACCCACACUGCUUAUCCAGAUGGCCUGGAGGUGCUGCAGUUUCCCAAUAAUCAGAUAGAAAAACAUUAUCCUGAUGGCACACAAGAAAUUGUGUUCCCAGAUCACACAGUGAAAUGCCUCUAUAGUGAUGGAUUCAAGGAAACUUUUUUCCCAGAUGGUACAGUAGUAAAAGUAGAAAAGAAUGGAGAUAAAAUAGUGGUAUUCAGUAACGGCCAAAAGGAGGUUCACACUGCGCAGUUCAAGAGGCGGGAGUACCCAGAUGGCACUGUAAAAACUGUGUACUGCAAUGGCAGACAAGAAACCAAGUACUCUACUGGACGAGUUCGAAUCAAAGAUGAGGAGGGUAACAUCAUUCUAGACAAGAAGUGA